CUUCAGUUAUAAUCCAACUGAACAUAGUGCAUUUAUUACAUACAAUGUCUUUGGUGAAUCUGUCAUUUCUCGAAUUGUCCUAGAUCAUAGCGGGUUCAUGGGGGAAUUCUUCUGGUCUAAUGAGAGUCAGAAUUGGAUGUUUGUGCGGUCUGUACCUGUUGAUAUGUGUGACACAACGAAUUUAUGUGGUGCUUUUGGAAUUUGUGAUAUAAAUACCAAUCCAAUCUGUGGAUGUUUACAAGGUUAUGAACCCAAGUUUCCAUUAGGUUGGGCUACUAAUGAUUAUUCUAGUGGGUGUGUGAGAAUAACUCCGCUGCAGUGUGGCAGCAAUAACGAUGGUUUUGUUCGUAUGCAAAAUGUUGUACUUCCUGCAUCAUCUGAAUCAAUGCAAGUAGGGAAUGAUCAGAUCUGUGAAUAUAUAUGUUCAUCCAAUUGCUCAUGCAAUGCUUAUGUUUACAGCAAUAGUGGAGUCUGCUUAUUAUGGAAUGAUGAUCUUAUCAAUCUGAGAAGCUUAUCUGAUAAUUCACGUCAAGCAGUGUUAAGCAUAAAAAUUUUUGAGCGUUCAAACAAAGGCAAUAAAAAGUCAUCGUUUGUAGUGCUAGUAGCAUCCAUCACUUCAUCAAUUUUUGUCUGUGGUACAUGCUGUUACUUUCUAUGGAGACGAAAGCUCAAGAAAAAAGGGAUUUUGAGAAAGAUGAAGUUCAGGGAACUGUUACUUUCUGACUCAGCAACUAACAUGUCAAAACCUGGAACUUCCAUUGGAAAGGGACAAGAAAAGAACGGUGACAUUGAACUGAAGUUCUUUGAACUACAUGACUUGAAAGCCGCGACAGACAAUUUUUCCCCUGAUAAUAAACUUGGAGAAGGAGGUUUUGGGCCUGUUUUUAAGGGUCAAUUGCCAGAUGGGCAGAAAAUAGCUGUGAAAAGGCUAUCAACUCAAUCACAGCAAGGAAUUAGUGAAUUCAAAACUGAGGUCCUUCUCAUUGCUAAACUUCAACACAGAAAUCUUGUUACGUUUCUUGGCUGCUGUGAAGAAGACGAGGAGAAAAUGUUGAUCUAUGAAUAUAUGCCAAACAAAAGUCUAGACUAUUUCAUAUUUGACGAGAGCAGGAAGUCAUUGCUUGAUUGGAGAAGGCGGUAUGAAAUCAUUAUUGGAAUCGCUAGAGGGAUACUCUAUCUUCAUCAGGAUUCAAGAUUAAGAAUAAUACACCGUGAUCUGAAAGCCAGCAACAUUCUUUUAGAUGAAGAUAUGAACCCCAAGAUAUCAGAUUUUGGUACUGCUCGAAUAUUUAGUGGAAACCAGAAUGAAGCUAAGACUCUUCGAGUUGUUGGAACAUAUGCCUAUAUGUCACCUGAAUAUGCUCGAGCUGGUCUCUUCUCAGUAAAAUCUGAUGCCUUUAGCUUUGGUGUUAUAUUAUUGGAGAUCAUAAGUGGCAAAAGGAACGUGGUCUCUUAUAAUAGUGAUUCCCCUCCAAAUUUGAUACGACGGGCCUGGGAGUUGUGGAAUGAUGGUAAGGCCUUUGAGCUGGUAGAUCCAUCAAUAGUUGAUUCUUGUCCCAGUGAGGAAGCAUUACGCUGCAUUCUAGUAGGACUAUUGUGUUUGCAACUCAACGCAGCAGACAGACCAACCAUGUCAACAAUUCUGUCCAUGCUAAGUAUUGAAGCAACAGUUCCCUCCCCGAAGCAGCCCUUCAUUACCCCUAACUCAGACUUGAUUACUACUGAAACAGCAUCAUCUUCGAUCAACGAGGUGACAAUUACAGCACCUUAUGUUCGGUAGUUGUCUGACGUGUAUAUGUAUUUCUGUUAUCUGUUUAUCAAAUGUAUCUAGUGCUCAUUACUUCCCAAAGUAUGAUAUAGUCUUCAAUGAUUCAAUGCAAAUAAUGCUAAAAGAUUUUCAAUAGACUAGUUGAUAUUACUUUUACAGAUACUCAUCACAGAAAGAUUGAAACAACAGUGCUCUUACUCAUGAUCAUAAUAUUAUUGUUGUAUUUGAUA